AUGGGAGUGCUUGCACCGCAAUUUUUUUCCACGAAAUACAAUUCUGGCCAGUACAAUGAAAACCAGCUGGCCUGGGAUGACUUGAAUGCUUGGCAACCAGGUGGCCAGGCUAAUCAUCCCUCGGGUACAAACCUUACCUCUUUCGACGUUAUAGAUGGCCUCGUCAAGAUUCACUCGGACAAGAGCAAGUAUCCAAGUCUCAAAAAUGUCACCGUCGUUGGCCAUGGUGGCGGUGGUCAGCUUGCCCAACGGUACUCUGCUCUGGGUAACGAUGCCCCUGACAAUGUCCACAUUCGGUAUAUCCACGGCGAUCCAUCAUCGUGUAUGUACUUUACCGAGGACCGACCAAUUGUCCCAGACAACGAUACUUCAAAGUAUACCUGCGAUUCUUACAACAUCUGGAGAUACGGUUUCGACAAGUUCCCCGGCACGGGAGGCAAGGAUUUGACUCCCAAGGAAUAUUUCAAGCAAUAUCUCACUCGAGAUGUUGUUUCAAUAGUUGGACUCCAAGAUACAGGACAUUCUGGGGACACGAGUUGCAUGGCGAGAGUGCAAGGAGGCACCAAUCGACGUGCUCGCAACUUGACUUGGUUUCAAUACAUCAACGAGCUCGCGCGCACGAACGAAGACCUGACGGACUUUCCUAGUUCAUUCGAGAAUCUCCCCGACUGGAGCGAUGCGGUGGAUGGAAAGAGCCAGGUGCGGCUCGUGGUCGUGGAAGAUGUAGCUCAUAAUGCGGAAAAGCUCUUCCGUGGGGAUCUUGGGCGAGCGGCACUAUUUCACGACGGUUACAUCGAUGGAGGCUGGCGCCCCUCGGAUGACAGUAACAACGACUAG